AUGAGCCCACCACGCCUGGCAGCUCGUACACUGCCUAGAUUCCAUCCACAAGGCUCGCUGCCCGCUCUGUCAAGCCCAUUCAGGACGAGUUCUCAAACGACUCAUCUUUCUUGGCCCCGCCCAACAAAGAUCAUUCUGCGUACGCUCACGCACGAGUGGCAUCAGAAACGAGGUCCCCUGCCGAAACGAGCCGAUGCAGAACAGGCAAUUUCCACAGAGGUGAAGCCGACUGGAGUGGUGGAGUACACACUAACGACCAUCGACAAGCUGGUGGGCUGGGCUCGAAGCGGAUCGAUGUGGCCACUCACCUUCGCCCUCGCCUGCUGCGGUAUCGAGAUGAUGCACGUGUCCAUGCCACGAUACGACCAGGACCGGCUGGGCAUCAUCUUUCGCGCGUCGCCUCGCCAGUCCGUUGUGAUGAUCGUUGCUGGGACAGUCUGCAACAAGAUGGCCCCAGCCAUUCGACAGCUCUACGACCAGAUGCCGGAUCCGAAGUGGGUGAUAAGCAUGGGCAGCUGUGCCAAUGGAGGAGGAUAUUAUCACUACAGCUAUAGUGUCGUCCGUGGUGUCGAUCGAAUCUUGCCGGUCGACAUCUAUGUUCCAGGAUGCCCUCCGACGGCUGAGGCGCUGCUGUACGGAGUGUUCCAACUACAGAAGAAGAUGCAGAGGACAAAGGUCACAAGGAUGUGGUAUCGCAGGUGA